AUGUAUAACAAUCAUAAAACAAUGUGUCUGUAUAUCAACGCUAUUAUCAUAUGUUUUUCAGUGGCCACAACAGCGCAGGGCUCGGGUCGGGGAAAGCAGGCGGACUGCGGGGACGAGCGGCGACUGCGGGCAUACCUGUGCGCCGAACGGCUAUUCUUCGCGGGCCAUAACUCGCGACUAUUGCCCGAAACGGACCUCCAGUUGGACGCCCACUGCCGGGAGACCCCACGCCUAAUACAGUGCGUUAAGGACUUUACCGAUAGGUGCCGACAUGGGUUGCACCGGUCGGCCGCUACUGUCAUGUUGUCUACCGUACGGUUCAACGAUAGGAACUACUGUUUUCGGCCCGAAAAGAGGCACCAAUUGGUUGCGAUGGCCUCGUGUGGAAACGGCAUACGAGCGCACAGCGACCGGUGUAUGAAUGAGUUUUUACUGGCCCUGGGCAGGGCUGACCACGUGCCUGUCAAACGAUAUAGAGUGCCCCAUGGAUGCUGCGCCUUCUAUGAACUCAAGGCAUGUAUAUUGAAAGGUGGCGCACAGUAUAGUGGGCCCAGCGUUUGCACCAGCAAACAACUAGAUCAAUUAGACCGAUAUAUGGACGCUAUGGCCGGCAAUACACUGAAUAUGAUAUGCGGUGAUUAUGACCAGGAGUCUGACCGGUGUUCACGACUCCCACCACUGCCUUCCGACCCUCAUAUAAGACCCGCGGACUCACUGUUUCUCGGUUUUGGACAACUUAUUAAACAAUUAUAA